CACCAGCGAUGGGCAAAUAAACAAACCAAGAGAAAAUUUGCAACUCGAGCCAUAGUUAGCUAGUACAUUUUUGAAUAAAGAUUCCUUUAAAAAAUGUAACAAUAUUUGCAAAAUAGUCUAACAGUUUAGAAUGACUACUCGUUGGGAUUUUUUGCAAUCAGCGAAUAACGAGCAUGGUCACAGUGGCGCUGGGGACAUCAGUGUAGGCGGUGAAGAAGAUGAUGAUUCUGAUACAUUGACGGAGCUCUCCUUCUCGAGAUCUCCCACCAGCAGUUUAGGAAGAAGCAGUACGAGCUCUAUUCCUUGGGCGGAAGAUGCCAUCAAGCAGAAUCAACUAGAAUGGGAACGGAUUGAGCGAAUGUUUUAUGGUGAAGAAGAACUACCUAAAGAAAGUAAGAUUCGCGAAGAAUUUUUGGAGUGGAUGACUGCUUUCCCGCAUUUAAGGAUAAAUGGAUGUGCCAUUCGAAUUCAAGAAAAUCCUGCAGCAAAACCUACCGAUCCCUUUUACGAAGAAGUGCUAGCUAUAGAUCCCCCAUUCAUGAACCGAGUGCGGUCAUCGAGGAGUGGAAAUAUUUCGAAGCCUAUCAAAGAGUGCGAAUUUCAGUUUGUUCCUAAUGAUAUUGAAAGAUAUCUGCACAUAAGUUCUGGUCAAAUCAAGCGAAACAAUCACAGAAAUGCCAAAGAUUUAGUUAAGAAUAAUAGUGAUCCCCUAAUUACGUUUGUAGACACUGUUGAGAAGCCGCCCAAAGCCAGAAAUGCAAGCAAUCAAUCUUUCGGAAUAUUGAUAAGCAAUAGUUACAAUUAUUUGACGAACAUGGACCUGCCUAACAGUAGAAACAGCAGUGCACAAUCUGUCAAGCACUUCAACAAUAGUAUCAUGCACAAGAAACUUGCUCCUCUAGGGCAGAGACCUCAGCCAAGGCUCGUUCAAUUGGAGAAGCCCAUUUUAAGUUCGUCUGCCUCCGCUACAAACAGUCGAAUCCCUCCUCUUGGAUCCAACAUAAAAUUCAUUGUUCGAAAUUCACACGCUAUUCCGUCGGUGCUGGCAACUGAACUCGUUCAACGAAAUACAAAAUUUAGCAUGAUUAAAUCCGCUACUUCUUCCCGGUAUCCACUAUCUCCGACAAAAAACGUCGUUACGCUGCCAUCGCUUGCGGUUUUGGAAUCUCGAGAACGAACCGGAACAAAUCAACGAAGUUCACGAAAGCCAUCCUUCAACUCUGAAAUUGUGGGAAGAUCUAUUUCGGCCGCUGUUACACAGAAAAAUUUACCCAAACAUAACGGCAACGUUAACACUCCCAAAUGGAACGUCGUUCAUUAUCCGUGAGUGCUAUUACUGAUCAAUAUUAUAUAGAGUGUGGCUUGGAAAAUCCGUCCAGAACUGCUUCUGUUACACUGUAUGUGCAUGAAAUUUGACAAACUAGUCACAGAGUCUAACCUAUAAGCUGUAGGAUAGGUAUUAUAUGUUGAACAGUUAAAAACUAUAGAUAUUGCUUUGAUAUCCAUAUCGCUAUAUGUUACUAGAGGCUAUAUAAGAAAAAAAUAAAAUCA